UUAUACAACCACCAACAGAGCGCUGUGGAGCGAAGGAGAGAGCGCGCGGAAUAUGGAGAGAGGAAGAGGAGUGUGAUUACAAAUGGAAGCGAGGCUGAGAGUGCUACUCUGCUGCAAACACGAGGGUGGGCAAGUUCAGAUGAGAGAGACAGAGAGAGAGAGGGAAGCAUCGAAUCUGUCUGAGAAAGGUUAACAAGACUGACUGACUGAGUAGAGUGGGAGUGUAAAAUGUAAAGCCUGGGAGCGGGGACACAAACCGGGCAGGUGUGCGAGUGGGCGUGUGAGCGUGGAAGGUCUGUAGAACAUGGAUGGACCCGCGUUGUGAAGAUGGGUGGCUCAAGGAGACGCACGGACGGGGGGAUGGAUGGACGGGGGAACGCGUAAAUCGUGACGACCUUGGACCAAACUGUCCGCAACGCCUGCCAAGAGACUGGAGUCUGCGUCACGUGCACACAACACCUCCUCACCCUCCUGCGGGAGGGCAUGCAGUGCCAGCGUGAGUGACACGCAGCGUGAGCCAAUGAGCUUCACGCCGAACUCAGCUCUGGUCCCAGAAAGGGACAAACUCCCGCUCAAAAAGAGGGACCAAAGGCCGAGCUCACCGUCGCAGCAGCAGCGGCAGCAGCCGCAGCAGUGUGAUGAUGCGACAUUCAAGGUGCCCUACCCGUACAAGGGCCACGGUGAGUUUAAGACGAAGCACACGGGCCCGUUCCAGCCUGUACCGAGGCGGGUUCCCGCACUGUACCAGCCCUGGAUGCAGACUCACUCAUCCGCCAGGCCCAAGCCUCAUGAGCCCUCUGCAUUCAGAGAUCAUCGCGGCUGGGCAGAGUGGAGACAGUUCAACCCCCCGCAGCCCGGGUGGGCCUUUCCUCCCCACUACCAGCACCACGGCCACCUGUCUGGUACGUCUGCGCUCCACCUCGGCCAUCCACACCUCCCCUCCAGAUUCGGCCCCGUCCCACUCGUCGCUGAGGGUUUGCAAAGGGUGCUCGGAGGGUACAGCUGGGAGCAGCUCAAGACAUUGAGGUGCAAGAGUUUGGAAAGUGAGAGGCAGAGCAAUGGAAGGAACCGAGCGCCGUAUGUGAGGAGAAGAGACAGAAGAGCCGAGGCUUCUCCCAGGGAUGGAAAAGGUAGUCCUCCGUCACUGAGCACAUGCCUACCUCACGCCCCACACGAGGACCUCACGCUGCAAUAUGACGACUCGCGCAAAUCAGCAAAGGUUUUCACUCCCGCUUCUGGAUAUUCCUUGAUAAGGGUUUCCCCCGACGAUCGCUCAGGCAGCACAUGCACCUCCGCGAAGGAGGACGCCUUGAGAUCCUCCGCUCCCCCGUCUCCUGAGCAGGCAUCUACCUCCUCUCCCUCUCCGAACAAUUUCCCCUGGCUGCUCCCUCACUUUGUGGCGGGCUCUCUGAUCGAGCUCGGAGACGGGCGGCUGAGGAAGGUGGAGCACCUGCGGACGGAGGACUUCCUGCUGGGAUCACGGGCCUGUCCAGACCUGCGCCUGAGCUGCUGCACGGUGCAGAGCAUCACCCCUUCGGCAUCCUCCUCCUCCAUCUCGCGCCUCCUCAUCCUGCUCCACGACCAGCAGUCCCAGGAGCUGGUGGACGUGUACGCGGAGUACCCGUUCUUCGUGCGAGAGGCCGGCUGGUCCUCCUGCAGCCCCCAGAAGACUGCCCGUCUCUGCGGCCUGGACUGCCGUCAGCUCAGUGCGGGGGACGUCUGCCUGGCCCUCACCCCGGUCUCAGCCUCCCACCCUCCACCGUCGGCCACCCUGCGGGCAAAAACCUCACCCAGCAGCUCCGAGGGAGGAUGCGAGUGGCCCCCCGGGGGGCCGCCGCGGCCAGAGGGGGGGCGGAAGGAGGUUGUUGUCCGCAGGAGACACUCUUCUGCUCCGGAGUUGAGGAGUUCGGGGACUGAGAGCACGAGGACUGAGGAGGGUUGAUGUCUGGUGACAGGAAGCAUGCCGGUGGCUUUAAGGCUCCACUAUACUCAGCCUGUUUCUUUUUGCUGUCUUUCUACCUCCUCAAUUCUAUUUUUGUGCUUGACGUUCAAUUUUUUGGGUUGCACCUAAGAAGUUCCAGCUGAACAGGAUGAAAGGAUAAAGUCUCAGGGCUUCCCCGGAGGGUACUUAUAUUAAUACAUUUGUCAGGGUAAGUCAGGAAUAAAACACUGACAAUGAGGCUGGAGGUAAACAUCCCAAUUUCUGCAAAAGCCUCAAGCAAGGUUGCGUAAUUUAUUUAUUUUUAGAAGCCGUUUCAGGGACAGUAAAUUUGAGAAAUCUAUUAUAGGUUUAGAAAAUAUUUUCUGGGUUUGUUCGGCACGUUUCAAGCAGUUUCGACGUAAUCAGCCCACGUUCCUUGAAAGGCACUGAAGAAUACUCCCUCAGGUUUCCCACUGCUCAUCAUAUCGUCUAAAGACACAUCUUUUCCUGCCUGCGAUUAUGUAAGAUGUCUCUAUGAUCAUCACUGACGGUUUCAUCCAAACUAAUGUGUUUCCUUAAUUCUGGUUGGAUAGGGAAUUCUUGCAUUAACCUUCAAUACCGCUUUGAUUGCGUCACCGGAUUCACGCUUCUACCUCUAUUUUCUAUUUAAGGUGGCAGAUGCGUAUAAUCUGGUUUUAACAGCGUGGGCUGUUUUGUAAAAGCUCAGCUUCCCAGCGAAUGUCAGUGUGAAUGCUUUUAUUUGCCUGGUUGUUACAAUAUAGCUGCUUUGCUCUUUUCAAAAUGUCUGUCCGAUUGUUAAGAGUGGGGGCUGCUUGGGCCAUUCUAAGUGCUUUAAAAGCACAAACAUGUCAUUGGUGUACAAUUUCAUAUGUCAGCGCUGUAAUGUGAUUUCCUUCUGGGUUCACUUCUCAUUUUCACAAACGAUUAAAUUGUACAGAAUUGAAACGCAAA